CGGAAACAGCAGCGGGCGGGGCGGGGCGGGGCGGGCGGUGCUGGCGGAUGGAGGCCGAGGACCGGCUGCAGCUCUUCACCAUGGAGAACCGGCCGCUCGCCACCUGUGCAGGAGAUCAGGCUCUCUUCUCAUCCGUGUACUCCAUCUUGGUGCAGCAGCUUCCACGAGAGCCCAUGGAGUGGAGAAGGUCUUACGGUCGACCCCCCAAGAUGAUCCACCUGGAAGCCAAUUUUGUCCAGUUUAAGGAAGAGUUGAUUCCCAAGGAGGGGAACCGGGCGCUGCUCACGUUCCCAUUCCUGCACAUAUUUUGGACGGACUGCUGUGACACGGAGGUUUACAAGGCGACAGCGAAGGAUGAGAUAACAAAAUGGCAGAACAUUCUGAAGGCGUACAGCAGCGUGGACUGGCUGAUCGUGGUGGUGGAGAGCGACGCAAAGAAAAAGAACAAAACCAACAUCCUGCCCAGGACAUCCAUCGUCGACAAAAUCAGGAACGACUUCUGCAACAAACAGAGCGACAGGUGCGUGGUUCUCUCCGAUCCCCUGAAGGAUUCGGCCCGCACGCAGGAGUCGUGGAACGUCUUCUUUGCCAAGCUGCGGACUCUGCUGCUGAUGUCCUUCACCAAGAACCUGGGCAAGUUUGAGGAUGACAUGAGAACAAUGAGGGAGAAGAGGACGGAGGCCGGCUGGAGCUUCUCUGCCUACUUCAUGGUUCAGGAGGAGUUGGCGUUUGUGUUUGAGAUGCUGCAACAGUACGAGGACGCUCUGGUCCAGUACGACGAGCUGGAUGCUCUCUUCACCCAGUACAUCGUCAACUACGGGGCCGGCGAUGGAGCCAACUGGCUGACGUCGUUCUGCCAGCCGGUGCGGAGUUGGAACGGGCUGGUUCUCCGCAAGCCGAUCGACAUGGACAAGAGGGAGCUGAUCCAGAGGAACCAGGCCACGCUGCUGGACCUGCGCAGCUACCUCUUCUCCCGCCAGUGCACGCUGCUCGUCCUGCUGCAGCGGCCCUGGGAGGUGGCGCAGCGCGCCCUGCAACUGCUGCACAACUGCGUGCAGGAGCUGAAGCUGCUGGAGGUAUCUGUGCCAGUGGGGGCCCUGGAUUGCUGGGUUUUCCUCAGCUGCCUGGAGGUGCUGCAGAGGAUAGAGGGCUGCUGUGAGCGAGCUGUGCUGGACAGCAACUGCGGUCACACGGUGGGACUCUGGGCCUACGCCACCGAGAAGCUGAAGUCUCUGGGGAACCAGUGUGGGCUGGUGACGGAGGGUGGGCCGGACUCUGAGGACCUGAAUCGCACGGUGGAUGUGCUGGCGGGGCUGGGGACCGAGAGAUCCGAGACUGCCAACAGCCCCCAGAGUCCGUACAAGACCCUGAACGAGGCGCUGUCGUCUGUGGAAGCCUUUGAGAAGCAUUACUUGGAGCUCUCGUACAUGGCGAUGGAGAUGUACAAGACUAUCGGGCGAGUGCGUUCGGCUCAGCUGUUGGGGAAGGAGCUGGCUGACUUCUACAUGCGGAAAGGUGAGCCGGAGAAGGCGGAGAGCUACCUGCAGGAGGCGCUGAGGACCUACCUGUCGGAGGGCUGGGCUCUCCUCAUUGCCCACACCAGGAAGCAGCUGGCCGAGUGUCAGAAACGCCUGCAGCAGACCCAGAACUACCUCCAGACCAGCAGCCUGCUGGCAUCUGACCAGUGCCUGGCGGAGACGGAGCGCAUACACUACUGCCAGGAGAUCCUGAAGAUGGCCACAAUGCCCCACGCACAACAGGAGGAGCGUGUGCCACUGGGCAUGGAGGGCUUUGCCAGGCUGCGGAGGCUGCGGUUGGAGCCGGCCGGAGCGGUGGUUCACAUGGGUGGCACGCUGGACAUGGAGCUGACCAUUCACAGCCUGAUGCCCGUGGCCGUACCCCUUGACCAGCUCUCCCUGCACCUGCACCUGUCCCCGGCCAAGGGGGCUGGGAGGGGGGGUGAGGGGGCGGCGAGGGCAGGGACAGCCACUGGCACGGUGGUGUUUGCCGGCGCGGGCAGCGGGCGGGGCGGCGGGCAGACGGGCGUGGAGUUGUACGAGCUGCACGAUCGCAGCCCCUCCGACAACAGCCUGACGUCCAGCAGCAUCGUCUGCAAGAACAUGCACCUGCUGCUGCGCCGGCAGGAGAGCUGCGGCUCCAUCGAGCGCUCCACUGCACCGCUGCCUGAGGACAGCGCCCGCUCCCUGCACGUUGCUGCAUUGGUGCUGCAGCCCGGAGACAACAACGUCACCUUCACCGCACAGGCCAAGGAGCUCCCCCCACUGAUGGCUGUGCUCUCUCCCCAGACACUCUACGGGGUGAGGGCGGACAUCUCGCCGCCCCUGGGGGUGGGGAUGUGCAAGAUGGGGACCUUGUGCAGCCUGGAGGUUUCCAUCGUGCGGCUGUCCGACCUCACCGACAGUGACCAGGAUGAGGCGCUGUCCCAGAGCGACGGCCUGUGUACCACCCGCCUCAUGUACGAGGUUGUGGACAACAGCAGUAACUGGGCGGUGUGCGGCAAGAGUUCGGGGGUGAUCUCCAUGCCCGUGUCUGCCAGCGCCACCCACAAGGUUCACAUGGAGGUCAUGCCCCUGUUUGCCGGCUUCCUGCCCUUCCCCGACAUCACACUCCACAAAUACCUCCCCUUCCAGGCCUGCCCCUCGGGCCAGACAGAGGCGGUUGCGGACAGCUGGCUGGAGAACGAUGUGCUGGCCUUGGAUCGAUGCGGGGAGGAGCAGCAGGAGGGGGGCAGCGUGAGGAGUCGGGGCAGCACCCAGUCGGGGGGGAGUGGGGAGCACAAGCCCCCGGCCCUGCCCCUGCCCCGGCUCCUGCCCUUCUGCAGCGGCCAGGUGUACAACGGCAGCGCCCGCCGCCAGGUGCUCGUGCUGCCCACGCAGGAUGACCACGUGCUGGAGGUCAGCGUCACGUGACCACACGCAUGUUGGCCUGCUGCGCACCCCGCCAACGCCAGCUGCCGGCCGGAGGUGGACUGAAGGGGCGGCUCUGGCCACUGUGUGUGUGUGUGACCCCAUCCCUGACCCUUGACCCCCCCAUCCUGACCCUUGACAACAAUCCUGCCCUUGACACCACACGCCCUGACCCCGACACUAACCCCUGCCGUCAGUCACAGUCACUGCCACACACACUCGGGGGCCACUCUGCCUUCUCUGCAUGAAGCCUGAUCCUAUCUCCCCUCCCCCCACUGCUGUUGUAUUCCAGCUCCCUGGGGGGGGGGGGGGGGAGAGGGCGGACGGGUUGAAACGAGUAAACUCUAAUUUAUUGACGGCAUUGUAAUUUAUCGCCAUGUUGAAGUCUAUAAAUAUAUAUAUAUAGUAAUAUAACGUGUGGUGGUGGGUGUAUACACGGGGGGGAGAGUUUGACCACAGAAGCGUUUGAUGCUCCUGCCCGAUACUCCCAAGGCGGUGACCCCAGGCACACGCGUGUCGGUGACCACAGGCACACGCGUGUCGGUGACCACAGGCACACGCGUGUCGGCAGUGGUCUCGGGCACACACGUGUCGGUGGCUGAGAGUCUGGUCAGACGACGCUGCGUGUGUAUACCUGGUCCGGAGCCACCACUAUAACCGCGUGGGUACCGAGCAACCUGUAAACAUGAUGUCGGUCUAAUAAACGUCUGUAAACACCG